AUGGUGGACGCGGAUUCGAAAUCCGGCGAAUCAUUGUCUGAAGUCGAAGGAGUAGCAUCUGACUCUGACGACAGUUGGGCUGCCACCGAUCUGGAAGAGGAUAACGGGGACGCUGUUAGCGAGGAUGUGGAGGAGCAGGAUCGCGAGUUUUCGAGAGUGAAGGAAGUUGGUGCGUUGGAUGUAAACGGCACGAGUGAAGACAAUGAGAGGUCAUUUUGGGAGGUGCAGUUUGAGAACGAUGAGGAAAAUGAGGAUUGUGAUGACGAUCCAGAUCGGAUGAAGCGUUGGUCUAAGAAUGCGACCACGCGAGCAGGGAAGAAGAAGAGGAAGGAAGAGGAGGAAGAAGAGGAGCAAGAGCUUGCGAGCUUACCAUCUGAAGAGGAGGAGGAAGAGGAGGAAGCUGAUGAGGAUGAGGCGCUGAGCGUUCGAGCAAAGCGGGCGUGGAGAAACAUGAAGAGAUGCAGCAACGGCGAUGGGAAGAAAUCUCAAAAGCAGCAGAAACAGCAAGAUAAGAAGCGGAAACGGGCGGCAAAGGCAGCAGCGUGGGUGCGGCCAGUGCAUUUAGAGGGCGAGGAGGUGGAAGAAGAGCGGAUGGCGGAGUGGGAGAGGGAUCUAGCAGCGUGCAACAGAGGGGAGGUGACGCCUCAGCAGCUGGUGGAGAAGAGGGAGAGGCCGCGGGAGCAGGAGCCUGCUCCUGAUAUUCUUAUGCCGCUGCUGCCGUUUCAGAAGGAAUGGCUUGCGUGGAGCCUCAAGCAGGAACAAGGACCCAUUAAGGGCGGCAUCUUAGCGGACGAGAUGGGCAUGGGGAAGACCAUCCAAGCCAUCUCCCUUAUAGUCACCAGCCGUCACCUACAGUCACACGCCCCUGCUGUCACCCCAGUGCUGCCUCAGCCACUGCCACCAUCAACAGCCGCUGCUCCUGCUGAUGUCGCUGCACAAGCCACGGCUGGCGGUCCAGGUUCAUCCGGGGGAGGUGCAUCUGAGGCAGAGAGGCGAGCAGUGAAGGCAACGCUGGUGAUCUGCCCGCUUAUCGCAGUGCUGCAGUGGCGGCAGGAGAUUGCUCGCUUCACGCGCCCAGACAGUGUCAAGGUGCUGGUGUAUCAUGGGCCUAAGAGAGCCAUUAGCGUGAAGGAUUUAGAGGAGUAUGACGUGGUUCUAACCACAUUCUCCAUUGUGGAGGCUGAAAUGCGGGCAGCUGUGUUCCCCUCCAAGGUGCCCUGCCAGUGGUGCCAGAAAAUGUUUUUUCCUGACCGGCUGGAGAUCCACCAAAAGUAUUUCUGCGGGCCAAAUGCGAAGCGGACGGCCAAGCAGGCGAAGCAGCAGAAGAAGCUGCCGAGAAGCUUCAAGGGGGUAGGACAAGGGGGGAAAGGGCAAGCGGGAAAAGGGGGAAAGGGUGGGAAAGGUGGGAAGGCGAAGUGGAAGGGGGGAGAUGAGAGUGACAGUGACUACGAGGAGGAGGAGGAGGAGGAGGAGGACGAGGAGAGGGGCUGGAAGGGGAAAGGGAGAAAGUUGGACCAAGGAAAGCGCAAGGAAAAAGACAAGGGCCUGGGCAAGGGCAAGGGAAAGGUAGUGGAUGUGUCAGGCAAGGGCAAAGCGAAAGUGGUCGAUGAUGACGACGAUGAUGAUGAUGCCGACAACGAUGACGCUGAAGGUGGUGGUGACGGUAAUGGUGCCGGUGAGAGCAGUGGCGGUGCAACUACAGCUGGCCAGGUGGAUGCAUCGACUUCCAGAGGCAAUCAGAAGAAGAAACCCCCAGGGAAGGCGACACCAGCGUCCGUACUGCACUUGGUGCGAUGGAGGAGGAUCAUAUUAGACGAGGCACACAGCAUCAAGGACCGCCGCUGCAACACUGCCCGAGCAGUCUUUGGCCUGCGCUCCGACUUCAAGUGGGCGCUCAGCGGCACGCCCUUGCAGAACCGCGUGGGGGAGCUCUACUCGCUCAUCAGGUUUCUGCAGAUUGAUCCUUACUCGUACUACUUCUGUCGCCACUGUGACUGCCAGUCCCUGGACCACAAGUUCUCUGCUCACAACCGCAAGUGCGACCAGUGCGGCCACUCACCCUUGGUCCAUUUCUGCUGGUGGAACAAGUUCGUGGCGAACCCAAUAAUGAAGCAUGGGUACGGUGGGGAUGGCAGGAGGGCAAUGCUGCUGCUCAAGCACCGCGUGCUCGACCGCGUUCUGCUGCGCCGCACUAAGACUGAACGGGCGGCGGACCUCACUUUGCCACCCAGAACUUCCACGCUGCGCAGAGACCGAUUCGACGCGCGCGAGGAGGAUUUCUAUGAGGCGCUCUACACACAGAGCCAAUCACAGUUCGCCACGUCAGUCCUCACUCAACCACAGCCCAGUCUGCAUGAUAUGCUUGCAAGCUCCGUGCUGUGUGUUGCCCUGUCUGUGUCUCGACGUGUCUCACUUCCCUUCCAUCCGUGA